CCGACUCAUUCCUCUCUCCGUCAUCUCUUUUCGCUCUUCUCAAUUUCUCAAACCCCAACCCCAGAUGAUUCCAAGAUAUCGGCACCCUGACCCGUUUCAUUAUUAUUAACAUUUUCUUUCAGACGUUAUUCUAAUUUAUUUUAAAACGCUUCUGAUCUAAUUAACUAUCUUCAUGACGGUAUUUCUGCCGCAUAGUAUCGUAUCAUAUCAGGAGAAAAAAGCGGGCGGGUUAUUAUUUCGGCGGUGUCGGCGCCGUGGGAAAGUCCCGCUCGAUCCCACCUCAUCCACGCCCGGGGCGAUCCGCUCACCAGAGCUGUAAGCCUAAGCCAGCGGUUACCGGGACCCGGCCGCUAGACGGCAGUGAGGGCUUCCUUUCCGUGACGAGGGGGACAGCAAAAAGAAAAGAAAGGAGUCCCGUUCCGUCGUCACAUGAUCAUCCCCCGGCGCUGCGAAGCCAUGGACACGAAGCCUUCGCCGCCACCGCCGCCGCCGCCGCUGCAGCAGCGGAAGUGGGCGGUGCCGCUCCUCGCCUCCGUCCUCCUCUCCUCCGUCCUCCUCUCCGCCUCCCUCCUCUUCCUCUCCUCCGGCCAGACCCUUCUCUUCCUAUCCUUCUCCCAGAUCCCCUCCUCCGCCGCCGACGAGUCCCUCUUCGUCGAGCCCAAGCUCCGCCUCCCCCCGCUGCCCGCCCGCACGGUCCCCCGCCUCGCCUACCUCAUCUCGGGCUCCGCCGGCGACGGCCGCAGCCUAAGGCGGACCCUCCGGGCUCUCUACCACCCGACCAACCGCUACGCGCUCCACCUCGAUCUGGAGGCCCCCCCGGCUGAGCGCCUCGAGCUCGCCGCCGCCGUCCGGAACGAUUCCGUCUACGCUCGCUUCGGGAACGUUCAGGUCGUCACCAGGGCCAACCUGGUCACCUACCGGGGCCCCACCAUGGUCGCCAACACGCUCCAUGCCGCGGCCAUCCUCCUCAAGGAGGGCGGCGAUUGGGACUGGUUCAUCAACCUCAGCGCCUCCGAUUACCCCCUCGUCACCCAGGACGGCUCUGCUUGGAUGAUGCUUUCUCAUCAGUUCAUAGAAUUUUGUUUAUGGGGAUGGGACAACCUUCCUCGGACAGUCCUAAUGUACUAUGCGAACUUUCUCUCCUCGCCUGAGGGCUACUUCCACACAGUCAUCUGCAAUGCACCAGAGUUUCGCAACACCACUGUUAACCAUGACCUCCAUUUCAUAUCUUGGGACAACCCCCCAAAGCAGCAUCCGCACUUCCUCACCCUGGAUGACUUUGCGAGAAUGGUAGACAGCAAUGCUCCUUUUGCAAGGAAGUUUGGUAGAGAUGACCCAGUACUCAACAAGAUUGACAAGGAGCUCUUGGGUCGUGAUGCUGAUGGAUUUGUGCCUGGUGGAUGGUAUGGUGCAUUAAAGAUGAAUAGAACUGAUACGCAUUACAUUGUGAGAAAUGUGAAUGAGCUCAGGCCUGGGCCAGGUGCUAAGAGGCUUAGACACCUCGUCACAGGUUUGCUUUCAGCUGACGGUUUUGAUGAGAAGCAUUGCAUUUGACAUGUACAACACACCAGCAGAUGCGAAGGUAAAUUUGUUGCGAAUUCUGAAGCUUUGCGUAGUCGGCCUGCUCUUCAUUGUUGCAGAGCGAGGUCUCCUCAGUGUGGAUAUUGGUGGAGUAAUCUUGGAAGGCAGAGAGUGUAUCGCUAUGGUUCAAUAAAUGUAUCUUUGUAAGAGUAUAAAUUAGUAGCUCGGUUAUGCAGCCUCUCUUCCAUCUCUCUUUCCAGCGCUUUUGCUAUGAACAGAUUGUAUGCUGCAUUUUGGCACGAGAAGCUGCACUGCUGCGUGGAUGUUGUAAUAUCAUCAGUUAUAUACGCAUAAGUUUUUACGAGUAGAGGCUACUAUCA